GCACCUCCCCGAUCUCCUUGGGCUGCUUGCCGGCCUCGCGUCGGGCGGUGGGGCGCUUUUCGUGGCAGAGCUGCUUCAGGCACCACUGAGCUCUUUGCAGCUCCCCUACCGUCUCCUGCGGCAUCUGACAGACUUCGAGGAGAGCCCUUGCUCCAGCUCCCGACCUCACCGGGGCACGCGCAUGGUCCUCCGCGGCAGCGCCUAUGUCGAGGAGCUGGCGCUUCGCCUCAUGGCCUUGGAGUUGCCGGAGUGGUACGUCGAGAACUCGCUGGUGUUGCCGGCAGGGUCCCAAGGUCUUCUCGUCCACGACAGGCCACAGGACAGCCAUA